AUGUGUGUGCUGGUGGAAAGUUGCAAGGAAUGUCGAAACUACAGCCUGGCUCAACCUGUGGAGCUCCAGAGAGCCAUAGCAGUUGUUCCCUGUGCUCAGCAGGCCCUGGCAGAGGCAGAGAUGUAGAUGGCAGCUGCUGCCCUUGAAGGACACGUCUGACCCUGUGCAGCACCUCCAGUUGCUACCAUGAUCUUCUGCAUGCUGCUGCUGGCCUCCCUGCCUGAGCCCUCUGGCGCCGAAGUCAACCCUGCCAUCUGUCGUUACCCCCUGGGGAUGCACGAGGGCACCAUCAGGGACGAGGACAUCACAGCUUCCAGCCAGUGGUACGACUCCACAGGGCCCCAGUAUGCACGGUUACAGAGGGAAGAGGGGGAUGGAGCCUGGUGCCCAGCUGGUUUGCUGGAGCCUGAAGAUGUGCAGUUCCUGCAGAUUGACCUGCACAAGCUGUUCUUCAUCACCCUGGUGGGCACCCAGGGCCGGCACGCCCGCGCCACGGGCAAGGAGUUUGCGCGCGCGUACCGCAUCGACUACAGCCGGAACGGGGAGCGCUGGAUCUCCUGGAGGAACCGCCAGGGAGGGAGGGUGAUCGAAGGGAACACCGACACCUAUGACGUGGUGCUGAAGGACCUGCGGCCGCCCAUCAUCGCGCGCUUCGUGCGCCUCAUCCCCGUCACCAAGGCGCCCAUGACCGUGUGCAUGAGGGUGGAGCUCUACGGCUGCGUCUGGCACGAUGGUUUGGCAUCCUACAGCAUCCCUGAAGGAGGGACAAUAGCAGCUCCUGGCUUCCCCAUUGUUUAUCUGAAUGACUCGACCUACGAUGGCUACCAGGAACGCAGGCACCUGUAUGGAGGGCUGGGCCAGCUCACAGAUGGAGUUCUGGGGCUGGAUGACUUCACCCAGAGCCACCAGUACCGCGUGUGGCCGGGCUAUGACUACGUGGGCUGGAGGAACGAGAGCUUCAGCACGGGCGCCGUGCAGAUGGAGUUCCAGUUUGACCGCCCCAGGAACUUCACCUCCAUGAAGGUGCACUGCAACAACAUGUUCUCCAAGGGGGUGAAGAUCUUCCAGAGGGUGGAGUGUCUGUUCAAGCCCAGGCUGAUCGCAGACUGGGAGCCCGAGCCCGUGGGGGUGGCCACGGUGCUGGAUGACAAAAACCCCAGUGCCAGGUUUGUCACCGUGCCCCUGCAGCAGCGCGUGGGCAAGGCCAUCCUGUGCCGCUUCUACUUCGCUGACACCUGGAUGAUGAUGAGCGAGAUUUCCUUCCAGUCAGACAUGGAGAGUGUGAAUCCCAGUUUUGUCACAGCAGCCACAAGCACCACGGAGCUCCUGGAAACAGAGCACAACGCUACUGAGGGCACCUGGGGAACCACAUCUUCUGUCACCAGCACCUGGAUAGGGGAGAAGGCAGAUGACUCCAACACCUCCAUUCUCGUGGGCUGCCUUGUGGCUAUAAUUCUGCUGCUCCUGAUGAUUAUAAUCAUCAUUCUUUGGAAGCAAUAUGUUCAAAAAAGGUUGGAAAAGGCCCCACGUCGAAUCCUGGAGGAGGAUGCCACCGUUCGCCUCUCCUUCUACAGCUACACCAUUGCCAACAACCAGACCCAGAUCCACCAGUCAAACCCCACCUAUGAACGUGCUUUCCCACUGGAUUUGGAGUACCACCAGCCAGCUACACUGCUCCAGAAGCUUCCAGAGCUCUCUCAAAGUGCAGAGGAUUCAGUGUGCAGCGGGGACUACGCUGAGCCCGACCUGACCAAGUCCACCCCUCACCAAGGCUUCCAGAACAACGUGCCCCACUACGCCGAGACCGACAUCGUGCACCUGCAGGGCGUCACUGGCAACAACAUGUACGCCGUGCCCGCGCUCACCGUGGACUCCCUGACCAAGAAGGACAUUUCUGUGGGGGAGUUCCCCCGGCAGCAGCUGCGCCUCAAGGAGAAGCUGGGGGAAGGACAGUUUGGAGAGGUGCACCUCUGUGAAGCUGAUGGCCUGCUGGAAUUCCUGGGAGUCUCAUCCUCAGAAUUCACUCACCAGCCUGUUCUUGUGGCAGUGAAAAUGCUGAGAUCAGAUGUCAACAAAACAGCCAGGAAUGAUUUCCUGAAGGAGAUCAAGAUCAUGUCGAGGCUGAAGAACCCCAACAUCAUCCGGCUGCUGGGCGUGUGCGUGCGGGAGGACCCGCUGUGCAUGAUCACAGAGUACAUGGAGAACGGGGACCUCAACCAGUUCCUGUCCCACAGGGAGAUCUACAGCAAGUUUGCCAUUUCCAACAACAUCCCCUGUGUCACCCACUCCAACCUGCUGUACAUGGCCACCCAGAUUGCCUCGGGGAUGAAGUACCUGGCAUCGCUCAACUUCGUGCACAGGGACCUGGCCACCCGCAACUGCCUGGUGGGCAACAACCACACCAUCAAGAUUGCAGACUUUGGCAUGAGCAGGAACCUCUACAGUGGGGAUUACUACAGGAUCCAGGGCAGAGCUGUGCUGCCCAUCCGCUGGAUGGCCUGGGAGAGCAUCCUGCUGGGCAAGUUCACCACAGCCAGUGACGUGUGGGCCUUCGGGGUGACCCUGUGGGAGAUGUUUGUGCUGUGCAAGGAGCAGCCCUACAGCCUGCUGACAGAUGAGCAGGUCAUCGAGAACACGGGCGAGUUCUUCCGCAGCCAGGGCAGGCAGCUGUCACGAUGCUUAGAAAGCCUCAUGGGCUGGCUACGAUCUAUCUGUCCCAGACUCCUCUGUGCCCUAACCCUGUGUUCGACCUGAUGCUGAAAUGCUGGAGCAGGGACAUCAAAGAUCGUCCCACUUUUGACAUGAUCCACCAGUUCCUGCUAGAACAAAUGGAAUCAAACAUUUGACUCGAGGAAGAGGCAAGCUCAGCACAGAGUGACUUUGGGGUCUCUUUGCCUGUCCCUCUCAGUCAGGCUCCCCUCCCUGGCUGCUGCAGUUGGGACGUCCAUGGCAGCUGCUCAUUCUCUUGGCCAUGGUCUGACACACAGGACCAGAGGAUCUCAUUUGGUUUGAAAAAUCAUCUCCUCUUCUGAAUCAUUUCCUGGGAAUACUGUGAGAGGGGUUUUAUUGGAUACCCAUAGAGCUUUGGGCAGAAGGAAGGAGUAGAACUUGGAGGGACUUGGAGCUCUCUCCUGGCUGGAAGAGAAGGUGAGAGUGCUGCCACUCGAGAACAGGCUUCUGGAAGGAAAGGCUGCAGCCUUCCAGAGCUCUUCCAUGGAAUCUGAUGGAAGUCUUGUGCACAUGAGCAAGUGUUUCUGUGUGCUCUUGCUACAGACAAUGGUGAGAGGCCAGAAACAUCUGGAGCUGGGAAAUGGUUUAAUGGACUUGGGAACUGACGGAGCAUUGAGGAUCCCUUUGGGAGUGACACUCCAGGGUCCACAGAAGAUGCUGAAACAAGAGUCCAAGAUGAUGUUCUGUUUUCCUGUGGUUGUUAAGCACUGCUUUGGUUAUAUAUGUGCGUUUUCCCCACACUGGAUUUUUUUUUUGUUUUGUUUUCUAGAAAAAAUGAUUUUAAAAUGAAUGUUAAAGGUUAUUGGGAGGUCACUGUGUUAGAAGGUCUUCCUCUGACCUGCAAAUUAAGGUUAGGGUAGGGAGUUUGUAUUGAGAAGUAGCUGAUACUGUACUACUGUCACUAUGUAGAGUUAUUAACCUAAUGAACUUGUAGCCACAAUGGACUGAUGUGCAAUUAAUCCUGUAUAAUUACCCAUCAAUAUGAGAUCUCUAGAUCAAUGCUGUUACAUGUGAGAGGGAACUGAGAUGGGCUGGGGGUGGAUGGCUGAGAGCAGAGCCCUCUCUGUCCCUGUCACAGCUCCCAGGAGGGCCAGGAGGAGCCCCAGCUCCCUCCUGUGUGUGCUGGAGCCAGGUGUGCAGCAGGUGGGGCCUUGGCCAGGCUGUCACUGCCCUGUCACCUCCCCUGCCCUUUUCCUCAGUCACUCGUUGAACUUGGGGUUGCUUUUUGUGUGUCCUGUCACAAACAGCUCAUUCUGGGCUCUGAAAUCCAUUUGGAGUGAGUUAGAGAGUUUAGUGUGUUUCUACAAUAAAUCCAUUGUGGAUUUACCAGGUGCCUGGGGAAUACUCUGCUAUUCCCUCUGUAAUCAUUUAGCAAGAUACUUAGGACCAAACCAAAUAUUUCAUAAGCUGGGAGAAGAUGAAAGCUCAGCACUUGCCUUUUUUUUUUUUUUAAGUAGAAUCCAGCAUAAAAUGUAUUUCCAGUAAAGAUUCUAAAGAUAAUUUUCAUCAUAGCCACAAGCAUGGAUGACAGGCUGGCUGUGCUGUGAGAGGGGAAUGUCUGAGUGGUUACAACACAGGCAUGGUUGUGCUAAAAGAAAAACCCUGAUGGGCAGAUGGGCUUCUGAAUGGGCAGAUGCCAGGCUGGAGCGUGGCAUGGCUGUGCUGCCCCUUGGCAAGGCUCCAGCCCAGGGUGGAUGUGUCCCCACCCAGCUGAGGGCCCAGGAGCUCUCAUCUCCCUGCAGGGAUUCCUGCAAGCUCACCCCUUUUUAGGUUUUCUUUUUAUUAGGUUUUCUUGGGGUGAGCUGCCCUUCCCUGCUGGGUGCUGCACUCUGCCAAAACACCAAGAUAUCCAAGGGAUUUCUGGAGCAUUUCCUGCCCCAGGAAUGUCCCCAGUGCCACCAGCUGGGUGUGUGUGGUCUCCUGUGCCCCCAGGGCAGGGACAGUCCCUGCAUGGGCUCUGUGACAUCUGGACAUGCUGUUCCUCCAUUGACAUGGUGACAUACAAAGUUUGUCUCAUAUCAAUAAAUUCUAACGAUAACCUUG